UAGAGACGAAACCUGCAGCAAACGCGCACUCACCCAUCAUCCAAUUCCACUGAACGCAGCAGUGAGUGCACCGCUCAUCAGCGCGCUGAACAGGCUGCACUCUACUUUGCGGGUCAGUCCUACUAGAACAGAUUUCGCAUUUGCUCUGGUCACUGAUUCAGCGCCAGUAGGCUACUUUUGGAUACAUCAGUUACUCAAAAUGAUCUACAAAUGAUUUAUACAAUUUUAAUUGUAAUCUGAGGUAUUUUAAAGAAAAAUAGAAUAUAUACUGUAGCCUAUUGCCUAUUUGACAUAUUACACAUCAAUGUUAGAUAUGUGGUGAUGACCGUCACCACUUUGGUGCACAAGAUACCACUGUGCGUAAUGGGAGAACAGGUGUAUCAUACUUUAAUAAGUGGAAGCCACGGGGCAGAAUGCUGCCUUCCCAUGGAUUUUCACUGAUGCCCAGAAGUGGAAGUCGGAAUACUCUUGGCUGAAAUAACACCUUGCCAAGAUGGAUUUAAUGUGACGUUAAAGUUUCACAAUUAAGGUGGGAUGUGAGAACAGUGUCUUCUAUCUCAACCCUGAAACAGACCUAACCCAGCCCUCCUCUCUGUCAGCAUGGAUCCCUGGCCUCUCCUCCCGUCGCCCCCCAACCUCUCCAUCCCCGAGCCCCUGUACUACGACAGCUACUUCCCAGGGAACGAGUCUGACCUGGGGUCCCGGAAUGACACUCCGGACGAGACCCACCAGGCCUUCGAUAAGACCAGCUCCGUGGUCAUCACCUUUGUCUACUUCACGGUGUGUGCCGUGGGCCUGACCGGCAACACCUUGGUGAUCUAUGUCAUCCUGCGCUACGCCAAGAUGAAGACGGUGACUAAUAUCUACAUCCUGAACCUGGCCGUGGCCGACGUCCUCUGUAUGCUGAGUCUACCCUUCAUCGCCAUGCAGCUGGCCCUGGUCCACUGGCCCUUCGGCGCCGUGCUCUGCCGCCUGGUCAUGACCGUGGACUCCCUCAACCAGUUCACCUCCAUCUUCUGCCUGACGGUCAUGAGUGUCGACCGCUACCUGGCCGUGGUCCACCCCAUAAAGUCCACCAAGUGGCGGAAGCCACGCGUGGCUAAGAUCAUCAACCUGACCGUGUGGGGAGUGUCCCUUCUGGUCAACCUGCCAAUCAUGAUCUUCAGCGGUCUGAUGCCCAAUAAUAACCAGGCGUGGGCGUGUACCAUUGUGUGGCCGGAGCCUCAGGAGGCCUAUCAGACGGCCUUCAUGUUCUACACCUUCCUUCUGGGUUUCUUCCUGCCGCUCAUCGUCAUCUGCCUCUGUUACCUGCUCAUCAUCGUCAAGGUGAAGUCGUCAGGCAUGCGGGUGGGCUCCACUAAGCGUAAGCGUUCGGAGAGGAAGGUGACCAGGAUGGUGUCCAUCGUAGUGGCCAUGUUCGUGCUCUGCUGGCUGCCCUUCUACGUGUUCAACGUCACCUCGGUGACUGGCACCAUCGACACCACGCCCGUCCUCAAGAGCACCUUUGAGUUCGUGGUGGUGCUGGGCUACGCCAACAGCUGUGCUAACCCCAUCCUGUAUGCCUUCCUGUCGGACAACUUCAAGAAGAGCUUUCAGAAUGUUCUGUGCUUAAAGAAGGUGGCGGGAUUGGACGAGGCGGAGCGCAGCGACAGCCGCAUGGAGCGGACGCGAAUGGUCAACGACUUCACCGCGGAAAUGCACAACGCCGUGCUGCUCAAUGGCGAGCUACAGACCAGUAUCUGAGUGUGUGAAGGAGUGUGUGUGUGUUGUGUGUGUUGUGGGUGUGUGUGUGGUGUGUGUGUGGUGUGUGUGUGAGUGUGUGCGGGUAUGAACUCACCACAGUAGUCGGUUGAUCUGAGGUGACUGUGGGGCUGCUUGUGUGUGUCGUCUCCUUGAGCAGAUGGAUGGUGUGGAAGAGUUAGACGGACUACUCAUAUUUAAGCCAUUCUUCUAUAAUCUCUUGUACAGCGGCCCAAACACCAAGGAGGUUCAUACUGUCCUUUACAACAGGGUCGUCCCCCCCACCUUGAUGUUACUCACCAAGUCAGAUGUCCUCUGACUGAAGCUGGAGACUUUUGAAUUUUGCAUCCAGGAUCAUUGAUCAUUGAUUCUCUAACUUCAAACGAUCUUGAUGUUGUACAUAGACUUCCCCUUGUUAAUACCAUUUGUCUGUAGGCACUUAUCAAGAUCAUUACUCUCUGAUUUAUAUUUGGCUCAACCUUUAGAUGCUAGCACGGCCAAGCACACACACACACACACUCACAUACACACCGUCUCCGAGAUGGGCUGUUCAUAUACUGUGUACAGUUUAUAAUCUGGUAUGACAUUUUCUCUUCUGCUGUCAGCACUAGUUGGCUUAAAGGCGAUAUGCUCCUAGCAUAACCAAGCUGUCGUGGUGCCAAUCUUGUUGAUACUCAACAGGAUGAGUUGUGUUUCAGCAUCAGUUCUAUGCUGUCAGAGUGACGCUGAUGAUUUCUGAAUUAACAGCAUUGCAUCACGGAGGGAGCUACAGCAGCAGUGUUUUGGUUGGUAGAGAGAUGGGUGUUCUUCACUACCACAGUCCAAGGGCAACGUUGUUAUCUCUCUAAAUGUGUACAGAUGGGGAAUCCAUGGUUGUGUGUGUGUGUGUGUGUGUUUGUUCGCUGGAAGGCCUCAUCGUGAUAGGGUGUGUGUGAGCCACUAAUUUCAUAGCCCAUUAAAGGAAAGAUUCACCCA